UGAGCAUGCGCGACAGCUGUUUUGCCAUCUUGCAGAAAGGCUUGGUUGGUAUCUUCUGUUCUUUGUGUUGAACCAAAAAUUUUAUGUUCUUUGUAUAGGAUCGCGAUUUCUUUGUGUAAUCUGCGAUUCACAAUCGAGCUUUUUUACUCCUGUUUCAACAUGGCUGCUGGUUGUUGUGGUGCUAAGAAACAAAAAUUGAACAAUCAUCACUCAAGUACUUGCUGCAACGGCAAUGGAAGUUUAAUCCAGCAACACAGUUAUACUCCAAAUAUUUAUAAAAAUGGUGUGGUGGUAUGUGUGGAAAUGUGUUUCUUUUGCUUUGACGUCCUGUAUUGCCAUUUAAAUCAGUACGAUCCUCCAAAACCACCUAGUUUCCCAAAUGAUAGUUAUCCCUUAUUUGUAACAUGGAAGAUAGGCAAAGACCGAAGACUCCGUGGUUGCAUAGGAACUUUUAAUUCCAUGAACCUACAUUCUGGUCUUAGAGAAUAUGCCGUAACUAGUGCUUUUAAAGAUAGUAGAUUUAGCCCAAUUACUAGAGAUGAAUUUGGGAAGUUGCAUGUUUCUGUAUCUAUACUGAGACAUUUUGAAGAUGGAGAAGAUUACAUGGAUUGGGAGAUUGGAAUCCAUGGGAUCCGAAUAGAAUAUACAACAGAGAAAGGUUCAAAAAGAACUGCCACAUAUCUUCCAGAAGUAGCUCCUGAACAAGGUUGGGACCGUAUUCAAACCAUUGACUCUCUUCUUCGCAAAGGUGGCUACAAGGGUACUAUAAGUAAUGAAGUUCGUAAAUCUAUCCGUCUUACUCGCUACCAGAGCGAGAAGCUCACUGUCAGCUAUCCUGAGUACAAGGAAUAUUGGAGGAGCCGUAACUGCUAACGCCACGCUCACGCCGACUGGGCUCAGACGGCGUGGAACCAUAUACCUCUCUAAAUGAACAUUUGCCUCCCUCUCUCUGAGGAAUCUUCAUAUUCAGUCUUCAAAGAAGUUGUUUCUUUACCAAAAUAUAAUUUAAAAAUAGGAACCACCUCCCUGAAAUUUUUUUCCAGUUAUUUCCUGAUAUAUAAGUCAGCCAUUUAACUGCCAUGCUCAAGCUGUAGAAAAUUUCUGCGCUCAACUUUUAAAUGUCAGACUUUGUUAUCCUGUAUUCUAGAUUGUUUAAAUUAUCUUCUUAGGAAGAUUAAAUACAGCUGAGUACAGGAAACAAUUAAUGUUUAAAUCACAUGGAUUUAUAAUUUAAAUAUAUAUAAUUGCAUGGUUUUAAAAUUAAAAUUGAAUUUCUUGCAUAAAAAAAGUGCUAAUCUCAGUUAAUGUAAUUGAAUUAGAAAAUCAUUUUUUGAAAAUAGAAAGUAAUUUGUCUUGGUACUUAAUUUUAUUGUAUCAUGUUGCUUAAUUUGUAUAUUUUGAUUUUUUUUAAGAGCAGCUCAUUCUUUAGUAUCUAGUUGUUGGCUGUCUGUCAUGAAUCACAAUUUUUUAAAAAAAUACUUUUCUUUUCUUAAAAAUAAUUCAUUAAAUAAAAAAAUUUUCUCCAAAAGAUGCAUUUCUAUAUUUUGAAAGAAAUUUCAAGAAAAAGUAUCUCAUCAAUUAAAAAAGAGCUCAUAGAUAUCUUUAUCAUAGUUUGGGGUACCAUUAACUGGUCCUGAAUAUCUUGUUGAUUAGGUUUUGUUCCCAUUUCAUUAGUCAUACAUUUAUGCCAAAGAAUGCUGAUUAACCACUUUUAUUUUUACAAUACAUUUUCAUAACUCUUCACCUAUAUUGUAAACAUUGGUUCUUGUUUUAAAAAAUAUCAUGUUGGUAUGAUGUAUGAAAUUCUAUUGGAUAUUUAUUGGUUGUAGGAUUUUGUAUUAAACUUAUAAAAUUUGAAAAGAACUGGAAAAUAUUUCAAAUGCUUCCUUGAAAUUGCAGUUGCUUGUACUUGAUUUUAUUAUCAUUAGAUCAGAGGCUAUAUAGCUUUGAAUUUGGCCAUUUCAAAAAUUUAAAGUUGUAGAAGCUUUUUUUAAUUCUCAUCAAUAGAUAAGCACACUAUUUUUAAUAGAAAGUUAAAAAAAAAAGUGAUAAUACUCUGCCAAUGAUGUAAUCAUUAGAUAUCAUAUGUGUUUUUAAAAAUCAUAACAGUUUUUAUAAAUACUUCUAUUUUUUGUUAUUGUAGAAUGUUUUCUAUAUGGUGAAUUAUUAAUGUAAAAUUGCUGUUUUUAUUAAUCAGUGAAAU